AUGAGCGGUAGCUGUGAAAUUUCACUUUUUAACAAUGCUGUUUCAGCCUUUCUUUCAGUGAUCGGUACAUUUCUGUUGUUAGUUCGAUUUGGUUGUGUAUUCAAAUCAAGCGGUGCACGUAUCAAUAAAACGCCGAGACUUGAUCAAGCUAAAGUUGAGGAAGAUAUAAGCGAAAACUUAAUUAAAUUGGUGGAACCAACACAAAAUAGUGACAGAAAUUUAACCAGCAAAGAAAAAGCGUUUUCGAAAACGAAGCAAAAAGUAGCAAGUGAUAAGAAGAAAGAUAAAAAGGAAAAAUUGUAUUCGAAUGAGAGGAAUGAGCAUCAAAUUUUAAUCCAGAAAAUACCGGAUGUGGGACAACAUAAGACGCAGUCAACACAACAGGAUGACUUCAAGGAUUCAAAAACAAUUGCUCAAAUACAUUCCGGUGAGCAAUAUCGAAAACGCAAAAGUGUUAUGGAUAAGCGUUGUAAAAGUAACAAUUUGGAAGUAGCUCGGGAAGAUGUUGCGAAAAAUCAAAGUCGAGAAGAAGAGCCAUCGACUCUGGAAGGUGUGGCAUCAAUUGAUCGUGACGAUGCUCCAUCAGCUAUCAGUCAAUUUCGCAACGGUGGAAGCGUUAAGACAAAUAUAGUUUCAAGACGUGUCCUAAGCAAAGGUGGUCAAACCAAGCGAAAAUUUGUUAAAAAAUCGUAA